AUGGGUUUCGGUGACCUGAAAGCCCCCUCCGGUCUGAAAGUGCUGAAUGAAUUCCUUUUGGAUCGCAGCUACAUAGAAGGGCAUGUGCCUUCCCAGGCAGAUGUUGCAGUUUUUGAGGCAAUUGCAACCCCACCCCCAUCUGACCUUUGCCACGCCCUCCGUUGGUUCAACCAUAUCAAGUCCUAUCAGAGCCAAAAGAACAACCUUCCAGGUGUGAAGAAACCAUUGGGUCAGUACGGCCCAGCAGGUGUAGCCGACGCGACCGCAGCCAUCGCCAAAAAGGCAGUGGAUGAGGAUGAAGACGACGAUGAUGUUGAUCUUUUCGGCUCUGAUGAUGAAGAUGAUGCUGAGGCCGCAAGGCUGAAGGAGGAGCGUGUGGCAGCGUACGCCGCAAAGAAAGCAAAUAAACCUGCCCUUAUUGCCAAAUCUUCAAUUCUUUUGGAUGUCAAACCAUGGGAUGACGAGACUGACAUGGCAAAGCUGGAGGAGUGUGUCCGCAGUAUUCAGAUGGACGGACUCGUCUGGGGACAAUCAAAGCUAGUACCUGUGGGAUAUGGCAUCAAAAAGCUGCAGAUCAACUGUGUAGUUGAAGACGAUAAGGUGGGCACCGACAUUCUUGAGGAGCAAAUCACAGCAUUUGAAGAUUUUGUACAAUCAAUGGAUGUUGCUGCGUUUAACAAAAUCUGA